GUCCGAUAAGAAGCGUUCCACUCUGGACACUCCUGCUCUUUGUUCACCGCGGCGCGAGUCCUUAAAAGGAACGAGCGGCGCUCGGUGCUCGAUUGCUUUUGGCUCGAGAAGGGAAACCAUGGCGGACCAGGAGUAUAAUGUUACCAUUCCUCAGUUCAACACUCUCCUUCAAAUGGACCCAUACCUCAAACCCUACGAGAAGGACUUCCACAGGAGGUAUGAGCUGUUCCAAAAGCAGCUUUUCCAGCUGGAAGAGGCCGAGGGAGGUUUUGACCAGUUCACGCGGAGCUACAGGACCUUUGGCGUGCAGCGGCGGCCCGACAACAGCCUGUUCUUUCGGGAGUGGGCUCCAGCUGCAGAGGCCCUCUUUCUCACCGGUGAUUACAAUGCCUGGGACAAAUUCUCCCACCCGUACACCAAGAGAGAUUAUGGCAAGUGGGAUCUGAUUCUCCCGCCCAGGCGUGACGGCUCUCCCGCUGUGGAUCACAACACCAAGCUCAAGGUGGUGGUUCACACCAAGGAAGGAGAGCGUCUCUAUCGGAUUUCGCCGUGGGCAAAAUAUGUGACCAAGGAGGAAAAAGGUGUCAUUUACGACUGGAUUCACUGGGAUCCCCCGCACCCGUACAUUCACAUCCACCCGCGGCCUCUGAAACCUACGCACCUGAGGAUCUACGAGGCCCACGUGGGCAUCGCUUCGCCGGAGGGCAAGAUCGCGUCGUACGUCAACUUCACAAACAACGUGCUGCCGCGUAUAAAGGACCUGGGUUACAACUGCAUUCAGCUGAUGGCCGUCAUGGAGCACGCCUAUUACGCAAGCUUUGGCUAUCAGGUUACCAGCUUCUUUGCGGCUUCCAGUCGCUACGGCAACCCGGACGAGUUGAAGCAGCUGAUUGACGUGGCGCAUUCGUUGGGCAUCGUGGUGCUGCUGGAUGUCGUCCACAGCCACGCGUCCAAGAACACCGAGGACGGCCUCAACGGCUUUGACGGGUCUGACUCGUGCUUCUUCCACUCACCUCCGCGGGGGGAGCACAGCCUAUGGGACAGCCGCCUCUUCAAUUACUCCAGCUGGGAAGUGAUGCGCUUCCUGCUAUCCAACCUGCGCUGGUGGAUGGAGGAGUUCAAGUUUGACGGCUUCCGAUUUGAUGGCGUCACGUCCAUGCUGUACCAUCACCAUGGAAUAGGAACCGGCUUCUCCGGGGACUACGGCGAGUACUUUGGCCUCCACGUGGAUGAAGACUCUCUGGUGUACCUGAUGUUGGCCAAUCACAUCCUGCACACUCUCUAUCCUGACUGCAUCACCAUCGCAGAGGACGUGUCCGGGAUGCCCGCCCUCUGCAGGGGAGUGAAGGAGGGAGGGCUUGGCUUUGAUUACCGCCUCGCUAUGGCCAUUCCUGACAAAUGGAUUCAGAUCCUGAAGGAGCUGAAGGACGAAGACUGGAACAUUGGCAACAUCGUCCACACGCUGACCAACAGGCGCUAUGGAGAGAAGAGCAUCGCCUACGCUGAAAGUCACGACCAGGCUCUGGUUGGGGACAAAACGCUGGCGUUCUGGCUGAUGGACAAGGAGAUGUACACCAACAUGAGCUCGCUGGCUCCCAUGACGGCUGUCAUCGAUCGGGGCAUGCAGCUGCACAAGAUGAUCCGCCUCCUCACUCACGGUCUGGGCGGGGAAGGAUACCUCAACUUUAUGGGGAAUGAGUUUGGUCACCCUGAGUGGUUGGAUUUCCCGCGGGAGGGCAACAAUGAGAGCUACCACUACGCCCGCCGGCAGUUCAACCUGGUGGACAUGCCUCACCUGCGCUACCGGCAGCUCUACGCCUUUGACCGCGACAUGAACCGCACCGAGGACAAGUACGGCUGGCUGGCCGCCCCGCCGGCCUUUGUGAGCGCCAAGCAUGAGGAGGACAAGGUCAUUGUGUUUGACAGGGCCAAUGUGCUCUUCAUCUUCAACUUCCACCCCAGCAAGAGCUUCCAGGACUACAAGGUUGCGGUGGAAGCGCCAGGAAAGUACAAAAUCAAGCUGGACUCGGACGAGGUUCUGUACGGAGGCCACGGACGGCUGGACCACAACACCGAGUUCUUCACCGAGCCGCAGCCCUUCAACGGCCGAGCCAAUUCCAUGCAGGUGUACAUCCCCUGCAGGACCGCCAUCGUCCUGGCCAAUGAGGAGAUGGAUUACUGUUAUUAGAGGACCAUUGUCUCUGCGCACACGCGUCAUCACAAAUGGAUUCCACCCUCAGACUGAGUGUUAACAAUCACCUUUGUCUUUUAAAGUGUCAACCUCACCAAACUCACUUUGUGUCUUGAUGGAACCCACACACACGCACACACACACGCACACACACACACACACACACACACACACACACACACACGCACUCAGUGAGCUAUUGUGCUUUCAAACACCAUCAAUGCAGCCCAGCUUGAUUGGUCCAUUUGGACCAUGCAGCAGCCUCCAAACGCUGCUUGAGUCCAUCUCGCCCAAGCCUGCAGCCUUUUAUUAGCGCUGUUAAAUGUGCUUUGUCGUGUGAUACACAAGCGUGGUGCAGGGAAGCAAUACACAACAACAACAACAGUGCGGUCAGAUGCUAGACUGAAAUGCCAUUUGUUUGGAUGAUAUCGAAGCGCUACUUUAACAUAAGGGUACCCUUAAUAAGGUGUUCUAAGUUGUUUGUUUCUUUUCCAUAAAGGUUUUGCAAGUGGUUAAUGACGUCGGUUGUGGCUUACAAACGCGCCUUUAUUACCAGUUGGUUGUUAAUGACUUCAUAAACUGGCUUAAUCAGACUCUACAGCAGGGGUGCCCAAACUUUUUCCACCGAGAGCCACACACUGAAAAAUCAAAGAGAUUUAACAUUUCGUAAACUAAUGUUAAAUAUAUUUAAAGGAAAAAAAGUGUAUUAUAAAUAUGAACUUUUUCUCUUUACAUUACCCUUUUUUGCUCAUAUUUGCAUUGAAUUAUUAUUUUUUCUUUCCAAAUAUUUCAACUAUACUGUGAAUCUUUGUUCCCAAAAUAUUUUGAUUUCAUUCUCAAAAUACAACUUUUUCCCGUUUCUUAUAUCACGACUUAAAACAAAACAUCUUUUUUUUUUACUUUAAUAUUUCAACUUUAUGCUUCUAAAAUAUUUUUCCUCCUCGUACUCCGACAUUGUUGUAAAAUGAUCACUUUUUGUCUUGAAAGAGUACCACUUUCUUUCGUAAUACAACUUUAUUUUCGUUUCAUUUUCAUGUUGUUUUCAUAAAAUCGCUGCUCUUUUCAUCCAUUUUUUCGGUUUUUCUGUUUAAUAGUAUUUUUAUAAUAUGCCAAGGCGCCAUUAAAAAAAAAAAAAAAAAAAAAAAAAACAGCUGCGUGCUGUAAAUGGCCCCCGGGCCCACUUUGUGCACCCCUGCUCUAUACAGCACUGCAAUCUAUUUGUGGCGGGAGCUAGAUGACAUCAUCGAUGAAUUUGCGCAUGUGGCCAUGAUGCAUGUGCAAAAAGUGAGCAAAAAGACCUGAAAACCAAAACAAAUUUUUCCCACGCCCCAGUUUUCGGAUGAUUCCGUUUUUGUUCACUGUCAUGGUUUUGGUUCAUUAUUGCACGUAACGGACUAGCCUGUUUGUCCUGCACUGUAACGUUCCGCAAAAUGGUGUGCCCAAACAAAGCACCCUACGCGUUCCCGACUCACUAAUCGGGCUUUUCUUUUUUUUUUGUGCAACUGCUAAAUAACCCACCAUGGGGCCAAAGAAAGUUGCGAGUGGCAACAAUUUGAUAAAGGUGAGAAACACGAUUGGAUUCCAUUUCGCCAGGAUUUUUGGCAGACGUUUUGGGACAAAUUAAUAGGACAAACCGAGGUGACACUGUACUUUUUUUUUUUUUUUUCAGAUGGGAAUGUGUUAUAUCGUUUUAUUAAUAUUAUAAAUAUUCAAUAAUUAAAAUUACUAGAAUUCAAUAUCAUUUUAAUAUAAUUAUUAGCCUAUAUUAAUUUAGCAAUUUUUAAUCAAUAUUAUUAAAUAUAUAUACAAUGAAAUGUAUUUUUUGGUUGAUAUUUUUGGGUGUCAGGAACGGAUUAAUUCGAUUUACAUGAUUUCCUAUUGAAAAAAUUGCAUGGGUUUUUGUGUGACCAUUUGGAACAAAUUAAUGAGAAAAAACGAGAAGAAAAAGUCCCACUGUACUUUUUUUUUAGACGAGGAUGAGCUCACAUUCAUAGUUGUAGAAAAUGUUAUGUCAAAGUAAAAUAGCCUGAUAUUUUAUAUCUUUGUAUUAUAUGAUUUUAUUCAUAUUAAAUAUUGAAUAAUUCAUUAUAAUUAAAACUGCUAGAAUUCAAUAUAAUUUUUAUAUAAUUGUUAUAUUAAUAUAGUAACUUUUUAUUUAAAUUAUUAAAAAUAUAUACUAUUAAAAUGUGUUCUUUGGUUGAUGUUUUUGGGUGUCUGGAACGGAUUAAUAGGAUUUACAAAAAUCCAGUUGCCUGAAAAGUUGCCUCGGUUUUCGCCGAACAUUUUGGAACAAAUGCAUAACAAAAGCCGAGGUACCGCUGUACGUUUACAAAUCCAAAUGAAGUUUCUUUGUGUUGUUUUUUAUGUGGGCACCCGCUGCUCGUUGAGAAGAGCACCACGUGCUUUCAUGUUCCAGUCUCCAAAGGCAUCCAAUAAGACGAUAAGAGAAAAAGCCGCUAGAUUUGUCAGUUUGUUGUACUUGUAAAUAAACACUGCAGCGUUGUAGAAUGAUGGUCUGCCAAUUAGUGAUCCCACUACCUUACCCAUUUUACGUCGUAAAGACUAGUUCCCCAUCAAUGACACAGUUCUUAUUUUUCCACUUGCAAAUAGCAGAUGUGUUUUACCAGCAAAGUGUGACGGUUACUUGCCAAAUAGUGAGGAUAGUUUAGCAACGCAUUAGUUGUUUUAAGGGUCCCCUAAUGUAAAGUGGCGCCGUGUCAGUAUUACCAAGUGAUUUGAGGGGCAUUGCCGUGAUAAAGAUGAAAUGCUGUAAUUUGCACAGAAUAACUUGUAUCAUUUGAAUAGUACUUUGAUGAGCAACUACAAAAGGUUGUGAUGGGUUUUUUUUUUUGUGUGUGUGUGUUUGUCACGUGACUCCAACGGUGACUUCCAACUUUAGCGCCGGUAAUUUCAAGCUCAUGAAGGCGCAGGUUUCUGUGCACUGUGCCGUCUCAAAUAAACGUGUCUACUGGAGAGGGUGGAUGGUUUUUACACGCUCGAAACAGACGUGUGAAAGCAGCCUAAUGUGUAGCCAAUGGAAACGCACAAAGACAUGGGAGAAUAGGCCUUGCUGGUGCUGGACUGCGAAGGACGGAAGCCUCAGCAUCGAGGUGUAGAGAAAACCAACCCACACGGGCCAGUGCCUGCUCUUUGACUCCACCACCCGGUAGAACACAAGCUAGCGGUAGCAGAACCCUCGAGGACAGAGCAGAGAAGACACAGGGACGCAUCAGAAAGGCUGCCU